CCGGCACUUUGGGCGGGGCUGAGGGCUGGAAGGGGCAGCGGCUCUCGAUACGUCAUCUCUGUGCGCCGGCGGGAGGGCGACUCCUGGGCACAUCAUGUCCAAACUGAGGGUGUCCCGUGUGGGGCUUGGGAUGCUGCUGGGUGCGGCUGCAGGGAUCGGGCUCUUGUAUGUAUUCUACAAACAGAGGCGGAAAAGGCCCUGGUGGGGACGCAGCUCCAGGCACUCUGGGGUUCAGUACAUGCAGAACUCUGUGGGGCCCCAUGAAAAUGCAGAGACUCGGGGGCACCAUAACCAGGUUCUGCUUAUAAGACAAGCACCAAUGGAGGCUGGUGAUGGCAUUCCAUACACAACUCUUUUAACACAAGAAGAGCAGGUGGAAGUGCUGAACCGUCUGGACUUUGUGCUGAAAAACAUUAUAGAGCUACGAAAAGAAGUGGAGGAGCUGAAGAACAGCCUGCAGAGUUUAGCUGGGGAGAUCAUUGGAGAAGUCAAGUCCCACCUGGAAGAAACCCAGAAGGUAACUCGGCGGAGGCGGUACCCAUUUCCUAGAGAGAGGAGUGAUUCCACAGGGUCCAGCUCUAUUUAUUUCACAGCCAGCUCAAGAGGGGCCAAUACAGAUGAUGGUGAAAGUGAAGGAGGGUACACCACAGCCAAUGCAGAGUCUGACUAUGACCGGGAGUCAGAGAGAGAGAGUGAGGAAGGGGAAGAUGAAGUGAGCUGUGAGACAGUGAAGACUGCACGGAGGGAUUCACUGGACCUAGUCAAUGAGGAUGAAACUGUUUUGGUCUUUGACUCUACAGUGGAGGAGGAAUUUGGUCAGCUGCUGCAGCAGGCUGACCAGCUGCAUAGUGGGAAUAACCAGGAGAAGAGGGAAGGAUUCCAGCUGCUGCUUAACAAUAAACUGGUGUAUGGAGACCGGCAAGAUUUCCUUUGGCGCCUGGCUCGAGCAUACAGUGAUCUGUAUGAAAUCACAGAGGAUGCAGAUGAAAAGAAAUCAUAUGCUUCUGAUGGGAAAGAAGAGGCAGAGGCAGCUCUACAGAAAGGGGAUCAAAGUGCUGAGGGUCACCAGUGGUAUGCUAUUCUUUGUGGCCAGUUCUCGGAACAUGAAAGUAUUCAGAAGCGUAUUCAAGCUGGGUAUGUUUUUAAGGAACAUGUUGAUAAAGCAAUUGCCCUGAAACCAGAUGACCCCAAGUCUUACUAUCUUCUGGGCAGGUGGUGUUACCAGAUCGCUCAUCUGGGAUGGCUUGAAAGAAAGACUGCUUCUGCCUUGUAUGAAGCACCCCCUACAGCCACUGUCCACGAUGCAUUGCAGAACCUUUUAAAGGCUGAAGAGCUGAGCCCAGGAUUUUCCAAAGCAGGAAGGGUGUACAUUUCUAAGUGCUACAGAGACCUGGGGAAUAACUCUGCAGCUGUUCACUGGAUGACUCUGGCUUCAGAGCUGCCAGUUAUCACAAAUGAGGAUGAAAAAAUCAAGAGGGAGAUGGAGGAGAUGCAAGGAAUCUCAGAAGAAUAAGUAUUUUUUUAAGAGCCCAGUCCUCUGAUAACUGUGGUGUGGACAGGACAAAUUCCAGUCUAAAGGAUUUCACAAUCUGGACAACCUUGGAUUGGGCUUCAUGGGCAAACCACAGAUCUUACAAAGAACAAACCAAACUGCAGUUUCAACAGCACUUCCCUGAGGAGUUAAAUCUUGGCAGAGACUCACAGGACUAAACUCUAAUUCUGUUCAUCUGCCUGCCUGCCUGUUGCACCAGAUAUAGUCUAAUGAAUCAAGCACUUGACCUGUUCAGUGCAACAACCAUCAACUUGAUUGGAUUUUAGUUGUUUCCUCUAUGCCUUUGAUUUUCAUUCAUCCACCUACACUUCCCAAGAAGUAUUUAUUGCUCAUCUUCUACUGGGAGAGGACAUAAACAUGUGAAGUUCAAGAUGUGAUUAUUUUCCAUUAAACCUAUGGCUUGAAGUGGGGAGUGACAUUAGAUCAUAAGAAAGGGCAGUUACAAAGAAACCAUAAUACCAAAGGCAAAAGUUCUGCUCAGACCCUCCUCUUCUCCCUCUGAAAACAUCAGUGAUGCCGAGAGCCCACUCCUGUUGUCUCUUUGCAAGUUUAUCUAGCUAGUUAGUGGUUUUAGUCAUCAAGGUAAAACCAGCAAUACUCCAGCAUACAUCUAGGAGAGUAACAUCAUGGGACCAAUGCAUCUGCUUUCAGAGAUGUUCUUCAGAAAUAAGAAUUUAUGUUAAAGAAACGUAUCACUGCCAUAAGAGACCAAGUGAUAAAAUCUUAAACUUGGAACACAAACUGAAUUUUCUUCACUCACCAAAAAUGCUAAUCUUUUAAUCCAAGUGGAUGCUUUCAGAUUCCUUAAUUGUGAAAGUUCGCUGUUUUCUGCACUCAUCUAACCUUACCUACCUGAUGAAAAGAAGUUUAGGAGUUGCAGAGGCUGUUCAUUAUCUUUAUGAAGCACUUGCUGCAGAAAGAGAGGAACCACGUGGCAAAAUUGACAGUUCGGCACAAAUGCUUUCCACCUCAUUCUGCUAGAUAACAAAUUCAAAGUAUAAUCAAAAUGACACUUUGGGCUGUGUGGGCGGUGUCAAGCUAACCACUAAUAUUUGUUCCAGUCAGUUCCAAAUAGCAGGCAGUUUUUUUGUUUGUUUGUUUUUUCCUCCUCUAACACUUUUUUUUUUUCCAGAGGACAACACAACUCACCUUGUUCUAUGCACAGCAAUUUCUCCCAGGAAUCUAAUUGGGCUUCCUCAUACCUUUUUAAAAAUUUUCUAUUUUAGCUGGCAGCUAUCUGUGUGUGGGCAUUAAACACUUUAUUACAUGUUGUUAUAUAAUAUCAUGUCUGAUUUGCUGUAGAAUGGGAUUACAAAACCAAACAUUUAAGCUAAUUACACACCAUCUAAUAGAAAAUGAGGUCUGAUUGCCUUUCUUAACCACUUAUACAUACGUAUUAGGGGGACAUUUCUCAGGGAGGGUGGACCUUGGCUGAGUUUUCCCUGGUCCUGAUAGGAAUCAGAGCCUGACAAUUCACCAUCCUCUGUGGAGGAGGAAUCAGAGGAUUCUAGAUCUUUUAA